AUGAGACAGGUUAGAAGCUCUGCAACCCUAGUAUUGUGCGGUACCACUGGUGGUAUGGGACUGGUUAGAAGCUCUGCAACCCCAGUAUCGUGCGGUACCACUGGUGGUAUGGGACUGGUUAGAAGCUCUGCAACCCCAGUAUCGUGCGGUACCACUGGUGGUAUGGGACAGGUUAGAAGCUCUGCAACCCUAGUAUUGUGCGGUACCACUGGUGGUAUGGGACAGGUUAGAAGCUCUGCAACCCCAGUAUCGUGCGGUACCACUGGUGGUAUGGGACUGGUUAGAAGCUCUGCAACCCCAGUAUCGUGCGGUACCACUGGUGGUAUGGGACAGGUUAGAAGCUCUGCAACCCUAGUAUUGUGCGGUACCACUGGUGGUAUGGGACUGGUUAGAAGCUCUGCAACCCCAGUAUCGUGCGGUACCAUUGGUGAUAUGAGACAGGUUAGAAGCUCUGCAACCCUAGUAUUGUGCGGUACCACUGGUGGUAUGGGACUGGUUUGA